AUGAAGAACCUUGUUCUGGAAGCGUACAGUGGGAGAACUGAUCCAAAGGACCAUUUGCUUUACUUCAAUAUGAAGAUGGUGAUAAGCGCAGCUUCCGAUGCAGUGAAGUGCAGGAUGUUCCCAUCCACGUUCAAAGGCACAGCGAUGACUUGGUUCACGACUUUUCCUCGGGGAUCCAUAGCGAAAUUCCGAGAUUUCUCGUCAAAGUUCCUCGUCCAAUUCUCCGCAAGCAAGAUCAAGCAUGUUACAAUCGACGAUCUGUACAAUGUUCGUCAGUUGGAACAAGAGACCUUGAAGCAAUAUGUGAAGCGGUAUAGUGCUGCAUCUGUGAAGAUCGAGGAGUUGGAGCCACACGCCUGCGCCCGUGCUUUCAAAAAUGGAUUAUUGCCGGGAAAGCUGAACAACAAGUUGAGUAGGAAACCAGCUCGUUCGAUGACGGAAGUUCGCGCCUGGGCGAACACCUACAUCCUGGAUGAGGAGGAUGACGCGUUUAAGAGGAAGCGUGCGAAGGCAGAAAAGGUUGGCGGGCAAAGGGACGUGUCAACUGCGAGAAAACAUGGAAAAAGGGAGAGAGUCGUACCUGGAAGGACAAGAGGGUCACGCAAACGGAGAAAUUUCCCGAGGCGCAACUUUAUUCGAAGAAUGAAAACCUCGAACGUAGUCGCCCAUGGCGGCCCGCCGGCGUGA